AUGUCUACCUCGGCGCAGGUAUCACGAACAGGUGGCAUGUCGAGCAUAACCGCUCAAGAAGCUCUCGACGAGCUCAGUCUCCUGAACAACUUUGAACUCGUCAGGCUACUCGAGGCCUGGAUCAAAGGCGCCAUCAGUUUCGCAAGGACUCAAGGCUACGAGUUCUACCCCAACGUCUGUGCCCUAGAGGCCCUCAAAGAAUACCGACAGCAUAGUUCUUGGUAUUCCAACUAUCCUUGGAACCAGUUGCCCAGCAAUCGACACCUCGCCGCGAUGAGCAAACUUGUGCACAAUGUUUGCACCGGCCACAGCAUCACCGAGUCGCACCAGGUGCGUGGCAACGCCGUUGAAGGCGAAGCUCUAGCAGUUCCUGGUGGCUUACGUCCCAACGUUGAGAGUGAUCUGGAGGUGGAGGGCAACGAUGAGAAGACAGAAGGUGGCGACGAACAAUCCGAAAACGACAAUCAGUAUUUGGGCGUAGAUGAGAACAUCGGUGUUCACAAAGAAGAGUAUGGUCAGAUGGAGUCUGAGGACGAGGACGAGGACACCGACGACACUGACGACACUAUCCCCGCUGUCGCACCAUUACCGCCCCUCUCGUGCCGCUUCUCACAUUUCAACCCAGUGUUCAGCUCUGAAAGUCCCUUCCGCCGCGCUCCUAGAGUUCAGCAGAAUACACUGUUGCACACCGCCAACACUUCUUCAUCUCAAUCGUCAGACCAUGCCAUCAACACCACCCGUGAUGGUAGCAAAGGCAAGGGUAAAGCCAAGGCAAAGGCCACGAGCAAGGCCAAAAGCAAGGGCAAGACCACACGUAGCCACUCCACCACCGUUGACGAUCCUUCCUUCCCCAGCCGCCAGACUCGCGCCCAAUACCGCCAUGCUGCAAGUAGUACUUCCGAUCCCCACCCCAAGCACCGAGUCCAGAAAAAGAAGCCAACUGGGCCUGGCCAUACUCUCAAGACCGACGCCAAGACAGGCGAGCAGUACGACGCGUGGUCCUUUGAGCGGAUACUGGAUUCUCGCUGGACUCGCGCGGGCGGCAAACGAGGCCGCCGCCGGGACAUUGAGUAUAAGAUCAAGUGGACGUAUGGCAAGUGGACGUGGCAGCCUAGUCUGGACCUGCAGGACAACCCUAAGGAUAUCGCCGAGUUUCACAAGGCGUUUCCGGCAAAGCCAGGCCCUCCUCUUUGGUUUCGGCGUGCAAUGGGUCAGCGCAAGUAG